ACAACACUCCAACCGUACGCUUUUCUUCUCGCUUCAAGAGAAGGCGAAGCGGAAGAGGAGGCAGAGCAGGCGAAUCAAAUGGGCUGCAUCUCCUCCAAACUCCUUGCCGCCGCUGACCUCGGCGAGGAGCUCCUAUUCUCCGGCGACGCCAACCCCACGGCCGGCGACUGCCCCAACCACUUCGUCUCCCUCACCUCCACCACCUACGGCGCCCUCAGCCUCGACCGCGGCGACGAUGGAGCCAGCAUCCCGGAUGCGCCUGCAGGGACGGAAGUCGAACCGGAAGCAGCCACGAAGGUGGAGCGGGGGCGGCCGUCUCCCUCUCCCCAUCUCGAUGAAAAGAGGACCGUGGCGGAGGAGGAGCGCCCCUCCGAGGUCAUCGACGCGCGGGAGCUAAUGGGGGACCUCGCCGACGAGACCCCCAGCCGGUCCCCGUCGCAGAGGAAGAGGCCGCUGAAACCAUCCCCGACCGCUCACCGGUCGCCAGCGGUGAGGGCUGUGUUUUCGCCUGUCAUGCCAAGGAGGUGGUUCGCCGGCAAGGAGAACACCCCACUGCGGUCGGAGCCCAAAAGGUCGGAUCUUGACGCCCACCGUAUCUCGAAAGCCUUCCGUUCCUUAGACAACACACCUUGGGCCGGCCUUGCCUCGGCUAUCUCGAAGAAAUGCACUCCAAACAGCACAGGGAGCAAGAAAUCGGAGAGGGAUUCCGGUAAUUCGAGGUCUAGGCGGAGUCUGGUUCCCUUGUUCGAUCCGGAGCUUGUCGCUUUCUUCGAGAAAGAACACCACCAGGAAGGUGAGCAGACCAAGAAGGUGGUGCAAGGUAAGGUCUGCGAUUCCGUUCUUUUGCUUCAGUCCUACGAGGAGAAGUGCCCCAGAGGAGGGGAGAACAUCGUGGUCCUGUACACCACCACGCUCAGGGGAAUCAGGAAGACCUUCGAGGACUGCAACACGGUCAGGUCCUUGUUCGAGUCCUACAGCGUCCAUAUCGUGGAGAGGGACAUCUCCAUGGACUCAGGGUACAGGGAGGAGCUGCGGGUGCUGAUGGGGAAGAAGGAGGUGAAGGUCCCAGUUGUUUUCAUCAAGGGCAGAUGCGUCGGUGGCACAGAGGAGGUCCUGAGACUGGAAGAAGAAGCGAAGUUGGGGCUGAUAUUGGAGGGUCUCCCAAGAGCGACGAAGUGGUGUGACGGCUGCGGCGGGUUGCGGUUCGUGAUGUGCAUGGGCUGCAAUGGCAGCUGCAAGGUGUUGGAUUCCGAGAAGAAGAAAGUGAAGUGCGGUGAGUGCAAUGAGAAUGGCUUGAUUCAUUGCCCCAUGUGCUGCUGAUAAGAAUAUGGAGGGAGAUUGGACAUUUCUUCUUUUUGACGCUUACACGAGGUUUGUAGUCAUCCAUCUUAUACAUCGUUUCCAGAAUUAAAUUGUUUGUGCUUCAAACCAACUGGUUGAACACGGGGAUGUCAUCUACAAGUCAAAUAGGCAGUAGCACUGGGUUGAUUGCCGUAUCUACCCCAGAAUGUAGCAGAAACUUCUAUUGGAUGUGUUUAAUCAACCGUUUAUGUUUGCGGUAAA